AGUGAGUACCCCACAGUCUCCUCAGUAUCAGCUGAUCCGUGGUGGGGGAUGGUUGUGGUAGCUGGUGUUCUUGACAUACUCUCUCCACUCGGCCACUAGCUGGUCACCGAUUGUUUCUAGCCGCUACUGCCAUGAACACUGGAGUGUCCCAGUUUCAUAUUUAUCAGUGUUGUGCUGGAUACAAGAUAAACGUACCAAAAUAGCAGAAAUUUAAAGUAUCCAGGUGAUGCAUUAGUAGCAGCAGUGUAAGUUGUGCAGUGCUCAGUGUUACUUUCACUGUGAUACACUCGCUGCUGCUGCUGGCAGCGUCAGGUUAACCAUCGGGAAGAGUCUCUCAAGAAGGAUGCGUUGCUCCUGACGACCCCUCCAGGAGUGUUGGUGUAUAGCCCCGGCCGCGACCUGCCUGUGUGGUGGGCGUGUGGGCAUGGUGGGCAUACGGGCGCGGGCAGCAUGUACCGCGCAUGGGCGUGGCGGGCGGUUCAGUGCAUCACGUGUAGCUGGUUCAACCCGGGCGAGAAGGAAGACGAGGAGAGAGUGGACGAGUGUGGAUGGGUGCGGGCGUACAUAGAGCGCCGGAGAUCACGCCCACUCGCCCACUCAUGGCACCAUGAGAGCCGCCUCCAGCUGGGCGUGCACGAACACCUUCCAGAUGAACAUCACAGCCACCACCCACAUCAUCUCCACGUCAGUGAGCUGGGCUACAACCACGCCCACGCUGACCUGGGCUACAACCACGCCCACGCUGACCUGGGCUACAACCACGCCCACGCUGACUUGGGUUACAAUCACGCCCACACUGACUUGCCCUACAACCACGCCCACACGACUGACCUUGGCUACAACUAUGCCUACGAACAGGAGGUGGGUUAUACGAACGAGCUUAGCAACCACCACAGUGAGAUCAUCCUACAACCACAACAUACUCCUCCCCACGAUGACACCUGCAACAGGAACAACAUCAACAGUCUCCAGACGCUCAAAGAUGAGAUGGCCGAGGUCACAGCGGAGAUGGAGGCGCUGGACACGGGGGAAGACAGUAAGAAUAAUCCAAAGAGUAAACAGAUGAGCAUCGGGAGGAAGAAGUUCAACAUGGACCCUAAGAAAGGAAUAGAGUACCUUAUCGAUCAUGGCCUUUUGAAGAACACUCCUGAUGAUAUUGCACAGUUCUUGUAUAAAGGAGAAGGACUGAAUAAGACAGCCAUCGGAGACUACCUUGGGGAACGUAAUGACUUCAACCAGUCAGUUCUUGACGCCUUCGUUUGCCUCCAUGAUUUCACUGAUUUAAUCCUCGUUCAGGCUUUAAGACAGUUUCUGUGGAGUUUUCGUCUGCCUGGUGAAGCACAAAAGAUUGAUAGAAUGAUGGAACGUUUCGCCCAUCGAUACUGCGAGCUCAACCCCUCGAUCUUCCAGCACCCAGAUACAUGUUUUGUGCUGUCAUUUGCAAUCAUUAUGUUGAAUACCUCUCUGCAUAAUCCUGCAGUUAAAGACAAACAAACAAUUGAACAAUUUAUUACAAUGAACAGAGGCAUUGAUAAUGGAGAUGACCUUCCUAGAGAACUCCUUGAGGUCCGUGAAGUGCAAGACCGCAAUAAGCCUAAUUGCUUUGAGCUGUAUGCUACAUCAACUGAUUUCAUAAAAGCAUGCAAGACAGACAGUGAAGGCAAAGUGGUAGAAGGCAAGCACACUGUAUAUCGCAUGUCUGCUGCAACUCCAGAUGAAAAGGAAGAGUGGAUUAAGUGUAUAAGACAAAGUAUAAGCCACAAUCCCUUUUAUGAUAUGUUGGCAAAGAGAAAGAAGAAUAUUCAGAAGAACAGCAGUCGAUAAUCGUGGGUAAUGGGGCACACUGUGCAUGUGAAUAUUUAGUGGACAUGAAUAGAAUUGUUGAAUGGUCAGUAUUUUCCA